GUGGUUUUUUAGGUGGCGUAGAGGUGAUGACCAUGCUAUCGGUCACAGAGAAAUUGUACCGGUAAGGGAAGAAGGAUAUUACAGAGGGUUGCUGGGCUUUAGAAGAUGCAGUCAUUCCCUGCAUCUUCAGUCAGUUGAUGGAAGGCGCUGAGGCAAAAUAGGACAAUCUACCAGCAGCAGAGCCCUCACCAUGAAGUUUUCUUUCUCCAUCAUCUUUUUGGGUUGGUAUUGUAGAGGGGGAAAUAGGAGGCUGGAAGGACCAGAGAACGGGAUGCUCGUUUCUGUUGCUCAGUUAUCUUUCCACUAAUGGAAUCAUCUGUUUUUCCAGGAUGGUGGCUGACUGGGAAGACAUUGAAAGGACAAUCUUAUCCCAAGCCUUCCAUCUCAGUGGUCCCCAGUAAAAUUGUCCCCCUGGGAGGCAAUGCUACCAUCCGCUGCAAGGUGCGCAGGGAAGACUACGCACAAGCAACAUUUGUUCUGUUCAGAGAACUGGAUUCGUCUUUGCAUGCUUCAGUAGUCAAGAAGUCAGAGUGGAAUGAGGUUGCAUUUUUCUUUGCCAGUGUCAAACUAUCAGAUGGUGGGAACUACCGGUGCCGAUAUUGCUUCAACUCUUUCUCUGGCGACAGCUGCUCACCUUUAAGUGACAGAGUAAAGAUCAAGAUAAGAGCUCUGCAUUUUCCCAAGCCUUCCAUCUCAGUGAGCCCCAGUAAUAUCGUCAAGUUGGGCGGAAAUGUCACGAUCCACUGUAACAGUCAAGGCUACCAAGAUGUAGAGUUCCAACUCUACAAAAAAGUGGGUUCAUCUUUGUUUCAUGUUGUAAUGGAGGAAGACCAGCAAAAACGGGUCAUAUUUGCUAUUGCCAACGCCACACUAUUCCACGGAGGAAUCUACCGGUGUACAUAUUGUUUCAAGUCAACCUUCUGUGAACUGUGCUCAAAUUUCAGCAACAGCAUAUAUAUCUACAUAAGAGAUCCCAGCCUCUCCAAACCAUCCAUCAGAAUGAGACCUGGGGAUCCACUUGCUGAAGGCUUCAAUGUCACCAUCGAGUGUCACGGACCAGAGAAUGGCCUGAACUUUUCUUUGCACAAGUCCAGCAACCUGAUAGCAUGGCAGAUGGCAGAAUCAGAUGGAAACACGUCUGAGUUCUCUCUUUCCAUGAUCAGGCUGGAGGAUGAAGGGAAUUAUACCUGUCAGUAUCACCGCAGAGGACAUGCCUUUCAGUGGUCGGAGCCAAGUGACGCAGUGGGGUUGGAACUUGUGACAGCAAACACUUUUACAUCCAUGGAGAUCAACAUCCGCCUGGGCGUUGCUGGCUUGGUGCUGCUUUCCUUGGUGCUGAUCGUGGCUGAGUUCAUGUGCAGCAGGCAAGGCUGAGAAGCUCUGACUCGACUCAGUUCCACAAGUCAAGACCCUUCCGUGAGACAU